AUGGCGUCGGGCCCGGGAUCCCUGGAGCGGGAAGGGCUCUUAAUCGUGAAACUGGAGGAGGACUGCUCAUGGAGCCAGGAGCUGCCCCCGUCCGACGCCGGGUCCAGCCCACAGUCUGCCCACCUGCGCUUCCGACGCUUCCGUUUCCAAGAGGCUGCUGGUCCCAGAGAAGCCCUCAGCCGGCUCCAGGAGCUUUGCCAUGAGUGGCUGCGCCCGGAGCUGCGCACCAAGGAACAGAUCCUGGAGCUGCUAGUACUGGAUCAGUUCCUGAGCAUUCUGCCCCCGGAGAUCCAGAGCCGGGUGCAAGAGCUGCAUCCGGAGAGCGGCGAAGAAGCGGUGACGCUGGUGGAGGACGUGCAGAGAGAACUCGGGAGAUUGAGGCAACAGGUCACAAACCAUGGGCGGGGAACCGCAGUGCUAUUGGAGCCUUUGCCUCUGGAAACAGCACAAGAGUCACCGAGCUUCAAGCUGGAGCCCGUGGAGACUGAGCGAAGCCCUGGCCCCAGGCUGCAGGAGCUGCUAGGCCCCAGCCCCCAAAGGGACCCCCAAGCUGUAAAGGAGAGGGCAUUAUCGCCUCCCUGGCUUUCUCUCUCUCCUCCCGAGGGGAAUACGGAAGACAAGGAACUGACUGCGCCCCAGUUGCCUGAGAACUUAGAGGACGUGGCUGUGUACAUCUCCCAGGAGUGGGGGCAGCAGGAGCCUAGGAAGAGGGCCCUCUCCAGGGACCUGGUGCAGGAGAGUUACGAGACUGUGGAUUCACUGGAGUCUUCGAGUCUCCAUCAGGAGACCCUGAGCCCCCAGAUGGAGCAGGGCAGAAAUUUACGGAACCCCGGGGUCCAGAGUUGUAAAGAAGACCUGAGGCCCAUAAACCCAACUGCAGGAGAAGGGAAGUUUGAGGACCAGGAGGAAACUGCUCAGCCUGUUGCCCCUGAGAACACCCACCCUCAGGAACUGCCUGGUCAGGCCAGACGGGAGGUGCCCUGGAGUCCUGAGCAGGGACGGCCUCAGGACGGGUCAGAAGGGCAUUGGGACCUUCCCCCAAAUAAUAGAUUGGAACAAUCCUUAGUUGGAGCUACAAAUUGCAGAGAAAUGGGGCAACCAAAAGAACUGCAGCCAAAGAAACUCCAUUUAUGCCCCUUGUGUGGCAAAAAUUUUUCUAAUAACUCGAACCUGAUUAGGCACCAAAGGAUACAUGCAGCAGAAAGACUGGGUGUGGAAUGUGCUGAUCUCUUUGGUGGGAACCCACAUUUUCUGUCACUGCAUAGAGCACACCUCGGAGAAGAGGCCCAUAAGUGCCUGGAAUGUGGGAAAAGCUUCAGUCAAAAUACCCACUUGACUCGCCAUCAGCGCACUCACACGGGAGAGAAGCCCUAUCAAUGCAAUAUAUGCGGAAAAAGCUUUUCUUGCAACUCCAACCUCCACAGGCACCAGAGAACACACACAGGUGAGAAGCCCUACAAAUGCCCCGAGUGUGGGGAGAUCUUUGCUCAUAGUUCCAACCUUCUUAGGCACCAGAGGAUUCACACAGGAGAGAGACCCUAUAAAUGUCCUGAGUGUGGGAAAAGUUUCUCGCGGAGUUCACACCUUGUCAUACAUGAAAGAACUCAUGAGAAAGAGAGACUUUAUCCCUUCUCUGAGUGUGGGGAAGCUGUGAGCGACUGCACCCCUUUUCUUACCAACCAUGGAGCCCCCAAGGUAGAAAAGAAGCUCUUUGAAUGUUUGACUUGUGGGAAAAGCUUCGGUCAGGGCAUGCACCUCACCAGACAUCAGAGAACGCACACAGGAGAGAAACCAUAUAAAUGUACCCUCUGCGGGGAAAACUUCUCUCAUCGAUCCAACUUAAUCAGACAUCAAAGAAUUCACACAGGAGAAAAGCCUUACACCUGUCAUGAGUGUGGAGACAGUUUCUCUCACAGUUCCAAUCGGAUCCGUCACCUCAGAACCCACACAGGAGAGAGACCCUAUAAAUGUUCUGAAUGUGGAGAAAGCUUUUCUCGAAGUUCACGCCUUAUGAGUCAUCAAAGAACUCACACAGGAUAG